AUGGCUACCCCAAGUGUUCUUACCUUUGAUACAGAGGGUCGUGCUGUUGACUUUGAGGUCUGGGUCGAUGACCUCCAGCUGUUCCUCCAGUGCGAUAGGGCAGACGGCCUCUCCCUGUUCGACCUCACCUCUGGUUCCUCCCCUUCCCCGCCUGCUACUGCUGACAGCACUGUUCGCUCACAGUGGGCGACACGCGAUGCUGCUGCCCGUCUUGCUGUGCGUCACCACUUACCAACCACUCAGCGUGCGCACUUUAGCCAGUACAAGAGUGCUCAGACCUUGUACGACGCUGUAGUUGCAUGCUACUCUUCCCCUGCCACUGCUGCACUGAGCCGCCUCAUGCUACCGUACCUCUUCCCUGACCUUGCUGCCUUUCCCACAGUCGCUGACCUCAUUACGCACCUCCGCACUAGUGACACUCGCUACCGCGCUGCGCUUCCUGCUGAGUUCUGCGCCAAGAACCCCCCCCCCAUGUACAUCACCCUCUACUACAUAGACACCCGGCUCCCUGACUCUCUUCGCUUAGUCAGGGACCACUUCCUCUCAGUCUGCCCCACCACACUCACCGUUGACCUCCUCAAGGAGCACCUCCUAGCAGCAGAGAAGAGCAUAGUCGCUAUAGGAGCCUCUCGUGGUGACCCUCGCACCCCCAUCUUUGAGGGGUGUUCCCCCUCCCCCCUCUUGCCCUCUGUUGCUUCUGCUGCUGCUCCCGACCUCGUUGGUUUCUACGGGGUCGACGUUGCGUCUGCCCCUAGCGGGAGACGCUGCACCGGCAAGGGCAAGGGGGGCAAGGGAGCUGGAGGGGCUGGCGGGGGCGGUGGAGGUGGUGGUGGAGGCAGUGGAGGGGGUGGGGGUGGUGGUGGGAGUGGUGCCGGGGAUGGCGGCGGCGAUGGCAGCAGUGGCGGCGGAGGAGGCGGCGGUGGUGGCAGAGGGAGCGGAGGCGGCGGAGGUGGCGGAGGCGGUGGAGGUGGCGGAGGCGGCGAAGGCGGCGGCGGCGGCGGUGGUGGAGCGAGUCGCGACUCUACGCAGAGGAGUGGGUCCGGUGGUGGUCCGCGCCAGCAGCAACAGCGCAGUCGUGAGACCCUGUCCCCUCAGCAGCUUCGUGAGUGGUACGCUGCGCGUCAGCGCGGUGGGGGUACUGGUCCCUGCACUUACGUCCUCCGUACCGGCGACCGCGCUGGUGAGCAGUGCGGGGGCCCGCACUCCACCCAGCGCUGCUUCGGUCGGCUGACGGACGCGUGGCGUCACCAGUUCCCUGAGGCGUCAGAGAUCCCUCGCUGGGGAGAUCUGUCUAGGGCGGGGGUUGCCAUCUUUGAUCUUGACUAUGAUGCUAUCCUUGCUGCCAUGUAUGCUAUGUCUGCUAGUGUUGAGGGUGACUGUUACCUCUGUGUUCCGCCUGACCCGGGCAUUGAGGCUACUGCUCUAGGUGCUAGUGCGUCUACUGCCCCAGGUGCUAGUGCAUCUGCUGCCCCAGGUGCUGGUGAGUCUGCUCUCUCAGGUCUCUACCUCCCCUCGUUCUCUACGAACUUGGUGAGUGGAGUGGACCUACAGGAUAGGGGGGUUGACCAACUCUCCUUUGGUACCACCGUCUUGGUCACCCCUCCCUGCCUCGUCUCCGAGGCAUGGCCUCCCGUGUCCUUGUCUCUGGUCUCCCCCGGUCUCUACCUCCCCUUCCUCUGGGGCCUGCCCCUACCUGCGUCCCCUGGGCACGAGCGUUACUUCCUGUUGGUGGUUGACGACUACUCGCGUUACACCACAGUCUUCCCCUUGUGCAGCAAGGGUGACGUGACUGAGGUGUUGAUCGAUUGGAUCCGUGCAGCUUGUCUCCAGCUGAGAGAGAGUUUCGACUCGGACUUUCCUGUUUUGCGUCUGCACUCUGACAGAGGCGGGGAGUUUUCCUCUGGCCGUCUGGGAGCCUUCUGUCGUGCACAGGGCAUCUGCCAGACGUUCACGCUUCUGGCCUCUCCACAGCAAAAUGGGAUUGUUGAGUGCCGCAUCGGCAUGGUCAUGGACGUCGCUCGUACGUCCAUGAUCCAUGCGGCUGCCCCCCAUUUUCUGUGGCCGUUUGCGGUUCAGUACGCAGCGCAUCAGCUCAACCUUCAGCCCCGGGUCUCCUUGCCAGAGACCUCCCCCACCUUGCGGUGGACGGGGAAGGUUGGCGAUGCGUCUACGUUUCGGGUCUGGGGAUCUCGGGCGUUUGUCCGCGACUUGUUUGCGGGCAAGCUGUCACCCCGUGCUGUUCCCUGCGCCUUCCUUGGCUUCCCCCCUGACGCGCCUAGUUGGCAGUUUUACCACCCCACCUCGCGCCGUGUUCUACCCUCCCAGGACGUCACCUUUGACGAGUCGGUACCUUACUACCAUCUCUUCCCCUACCGCACUGCGCCCCUUCCCCCGGCGCCGCUCUUCCUUGCGCCAGGUCCUCCCCCAGUAGACCCCCUCCCCCCUCAGGGUCAUGCCCCGUCAAGUGUGUCCCAGGUAGACACAGUCAAUCCUGUCGAGGUAGCUGUUGACUGUGGUGCUGUUAGAGUUGCUGAGCCUACGGGUGCCGGGUCUGGAGGUGCUAAGUCUGGGGGUGCGGAGCCUGGGGGUGCGGAGCCUGGGGGUGCGGAGCCUCGGGGUGUUGGGUCUGCUCGUGUGGCCGCCCGCGAUGCUUCGUCGAGGCGGGAGCCACUCUCUCCACAGGAGCUGCACGAGUGGUUUGCCCGGCGCUGGAGCCGUGCUGCUGGAGCUGGAGGUACUUCUGUUGCUGCUGGUCUCGAAGGUACUCGUACUGGCGGUGCUGCUGGGACUGGGGGUGCUGCUUGGGCUCCUGGAGUUGGUUCUGCUGGAGAGUUGACAUUGUUGGAGCUGGAGGUGCUGCUGGCGCUGUUGCUGCCGCUGGGGUCACAGUUACAGCCCGCCUCCCCUCUUCCUGCUCCUUCUCCCUACACUGGUCCCGCUGGAGGUAUUGCUGAGCGUCGUGAGCCUGCGUCUCGUCCUGCGUCGCCUGUUCGUGCUGCUCGCAUUAGUUGUCGUGUUCCGCGUCCGCGUCCUCCUGCGGUCCCAGGCACACACCAGAUGGCACUGCGUCCUUCGACUGCUCCUCUGCGUGUCCCGUUGCCGUCUCCUCCAGAGUCCUCUCUUCCUGUUCUUGCUGACCCGGAGUCUGACUCUCUUCGUGCUGCCAGUCCUACUGUCACGCGUCUCGUGACCACUUUUGUCACUGACCCUUCCUGUGAGUCCUCUGGUGCGCCCGCCUUAGUGGCUGAGCUUGUCGACUUUGCUGCCCGCUGUCGUCUCGACUACGCCGCUAGUCUCAUUUCUGAGUCUGAGUCUGUCUGUCCUCCGUCCGUCGGGGGUGAGUGUGCUCUUAGCACGAACGUCCUUGAGGACAGGCAGGAGGAGUUCCAGUGUUUUGCUGCUGCUUUGCCUCAUCUCAUGUCCACGCUGAUUGCACCUGAGGGAGACCCGGAUGCACCAGACAUCCCGACUCCUCGAUCGUACGCUGAGGCGAUCGAGGGUCCCUACUCCUCUCAGUGGCAGUCAGCCAUGGACGCAGAGAUGGCUUCCUGGAAGUCCACAGACACCUACGUCGACGAGGUUCCCCCACCUAGGGCGAACAUCGUCAGUGGCAUGUGGAUUUUCAAGGUGAAUCGGCCGCCGGGUUCUCCGCCUGUCUUCAAGGCGCGUACAUUGCUCGAAGCUUCACACGACUACGAGCUUCACUCUCUUGACUUCAGCACAGCUUUCCUGCAAGGCAGCCUGCACGAGGAGAUCUGGCUGCGCCGCCCACUUGGCUUCACUGGGUCGUUUCCCCCUGGUACCCAGUGGAGCCUCCGGCGGCCAGUCUACGGUCUCCGCCAGGCGCCCCGUGAGUGGCACGACACACUGAGGACUACACUUGCGGCUCUUGGGUUUGCUCCUUCUACUGCCGACCCGUCGCUGUUUCUGUGCACCGACACCUCCUUGCCGCCGUUCUACAUCCUCGUGUACGUUGACGACUUGGUCUUUGCCACUGCUGACACUGCUGGACUCGCCCACGUGAAGUCCGAGCUGCAGAAGAGACACACGUGCACAGACCUGGGUGAACUGCGCAGCUACCUUGGCUUGCAGAUCACUCGGGACAGAGCACAGCGCACCAUUACCCUGACUCAGUCACACAUGGUGCAGCAGGUCCUUCAGCGCUUCGACUUCACCAUCUUGGCACGCUAUGUUGCUCCUGGGAGACACCGACCAGAGCACAUGGCUGCAGGGAAGAGGGUGCUGCGCUACUUGUGCAGUACGUUGGGCAUGGGGCUAGUGCUUGGAGGGCGACGUCGAGUGGUCCUCACCGGUCACGCUGACGCUUCUUGGGCUGACGACCAGGCUACGCAGCUGUCGUCACAGGGUUACACCUUCAGCCUUGGCUCCGGCUCUGUUUCGUGGCGGUCUACCCGCUCGUCUUCUGUUCUCGGCUCCACCUGUGAGGCUGAGAUCUACGCGGGGGCCAUGGCUGCACAGGAGCUACGCUGGCUCACCUACCUGCUGAGUGACCUAGGAGAGCCGCCUCGUUCUCCUCCAGUUCUGUACGUAGACGACAAGGCCAUGCUGGCCUUGUGUCGGGAGCACAGACUGAAGCACAGAACGAAGCACAUUGCUCUCCGCUACUUCCUUGCUCGUGAGCUGCAGCAGCGUGGUCAGCUGCGCCUUGCUUACGUGGCCUCUGAGGCGAACACUGCUGAUAUCUUUACCAAGGCACUUCCGCCUUGUGAUUAUCAGUGCUUCUGUACGAUGCUAGGUCUUGUGCCUACUUGGCCUCACUUGCUCACUUCUUGA